GCCCAUAAAAGUGGACCGACUUAAAGCCCUACUCGUGCUAAAAAUCUCCUCCUGCUUCGUUCUUUCCAGACCUUUCUUGGUUGGUUCGUCUUUGGCGCUUCUCGUCCCAACAGUCUCUUGAUUUGCUCAAGUUUGAUCUCCCCUUAACUGUCUCUGUCUCACUAGCCAUGGCAAAGCAUCACCCUGAUCUGAUCAUGUGCCGGAAACAACCAGGCAUUGCCAUCGGAAGACUGUGCGAGAAAUGCGACGGCAAAUGCGUGGUUUGUGAUUCUUACGUGCGUCCCUGCACUCUGGUGCGCAUCUGUGACGAAUGCAACUACGGGUCGUUCCAAGGCCGCUGCGUUAUCUGCGGAGGGGUUGGGAUCUCGGAUGCUUACUACUGCAAAGAGUGUACCCAACAGGAGAAAGACAGAGAUGGUUGUCCUAAGAUCGUCAACCUUGGGAGUGCCAAGACCGAUCUCUUCUAUGAGCGUAAGAAAUAUGGUUUCAAAAAACGAUGAUGUCCGAUUCGCAGGACAAGCGUGUGCUGGCUAGAACACUAUUUGGAUGUCCUAUGCUAUGUGUAAAACUUGUUGAUUAAUGUUCCAGAGAAUCUAAAGAUGUUUGGGGUACAAAAACCAGAAAUAAUGCGUUCUUCUUCUUUGAUGAUGUAGACUUGAGUGGUCUUUGUUAGACUUAUUGUUAUGUUCAAAUAGUCCCUUGCAUUGUGCAUUGAUAUGUCA